GUCUCAAGAUAUUUUGGAGUAUCAUUGACCGCAGCGGGGCUAAAGUGAUAAAAAGUACAAGAGCAUCGGAAACGUUGCAAACUUUUAGAAACGAGUGGCAUUUAUUAAAUGGCAGAAAUGGACGUAUCAGAAUAAAUGUGUUUCACACUAAAUGUGAACACAAGAUCAUAGCUGCUGGGGGGACCUGUGGCUGCGCCAAGCCCAGCGAGGGUUCGCUUAGCUGGGUAACAUCUGUUGAGUCCUCUCCUGCCUCCUGGACAUCAACAUGGCGAUGCUGCUCCCCCAGAAUCCAUCGCAGGUCCAUGCGGCCGCUGUGAAUGGAGAUAAGAAUACCCUGCAGAAACUGAUCACAGCGGAGCCACGUCUGUGGGACAGUGAGGAUCAGUUUGGACGGACUCCUCUCAUGUACUGUGUGCUUGCUGACCGCUUGGAUUGUGCUGAAGUUCUGCUUAAGGCCGGUGGCGCCGUCAACAAGACUGACCACAGUCAGAGAACCGCACUGCACCUGGCUGCACAGAAGGGAAAUGUGCGGUUCAUGAAACUGCUGCUGUCACGUCAUGCUGAUUGGCGGUUGAAGGAUCUGGAAGAAAUGACUCCGCUUCACCUGGCAACCCGUCACUCCAGUCUCAAGCCUCUGUCUCUGCUCCUCAAACACAUGGCACCUGGUGAGGUGGACACACAGGACAGAAAUAAGCAAACAGCUCUGCAUUGGAGCGCGUUCUAUAAUCACCCCGAGCAUGUUAAGCUCCUCAUCAAGCAUGAUUCAAACAUCGGAAUACCGGACAGCGAGGGCAAGAUCCCGUUACACUGGGCAGCACAUAACAAAAACCCAAAUGCCACCCGCACUGUGCGCUGUAUCCUGGAUGCGGCUCCCACGGAGUCUCUGCUGAACUGGCAGGACUAUGAAGGCCGAACCCCUCUGCACUUUGCAGUGGCUGAUGGGAAUGAAGCAGUGGUUGAAGUGUUGACGUCAUACGAGGGCUGCAGCGUGACGGCCUACGACAACCUUUUCAGAACUCCGCUGCACUGGGCGGCACUGCUGGGUCACGCAAAGAUUGUCCAUCUCCUGUUGGAGAGAAACAAGUCUGGGAUGAUUCCAUCAGACAGUCAGGGAGCAACGCCUCUGCAUUAUGGUGCUCAGAGCAACUAUGCUGAUACAGUUGCAGUGUUUCUGAAACAUCACUCAGUGCGGGAUGAGCCCGAUCUGGAGGGACGAACAGCUUUCAUGUGGGCUGCUGGGAAGGGCAGUGAUGAUGUCAUCAAGAUUAUGUUGGACCUAAAAAAAGACCUGGACAUCAGCAUGACUGAUAAGUAUGGUGGAACAGCGCUUCAUGCUGCCGCACUCUCAGGUCACGUGUCGACUGUACGGUUGUUGCUGGAAAAAGGAGCCAUGGUGGACCCUCUGGACGUAAUGAAACACACGCCUCUGUUUCGUGCUUGUGAGAUGGGCCAUCGAGACGUCAUCCUCACACUCAUCAAAGGAGGGGCACGCGUUGAUCUGGUGGAUAUAGACGGUCACUCUGCACUGCACUGGGCGGCUCUUGGUGGUAAUGCGGAGGUGUGUGAAUUGCUGAUGGAGAACGGGAUCAGUCCGAAUCUACAGGACCACGCCGGACGCACUCCUUUACAGUGUGCGGCGUAUGCCGGCUACAUCAACUGCAUGGCCUUGCUUAUCCAACACGAUGCUGACCCUAAUAUCCAGGACAAGGAGGGGAGAACUGCGCUCCAUUGGUCCUGUAAUAAUGGUUAUCUUGAUGCCGUGAAGCUGCUCCUGGGAUGCGGAACUUUCCCAAACCACAUGGAGCAUACUGAGGAGAGGUACACUCCUCUAGACUACGCCCUUCUCGGAGAACAUCAAGAACUUACGCAGUUUCUACUGGAGCAUGGAGCUCUGUCCAUCGCCGCCAUCCAGGAUAUUGCCGCUUCAUCCAUCCAGGCUCUCUACAAGGGCUACAAGGUCCGGCUGACCUUCAAAGAACGCAAGAAGCUCCUAAUGAGACACGAACAGCUGCGCAAGGACGCUGCUAAGAAGAGAGAGGUGGAGCGCAGGCGCGAGGCUAAGCAGCAGCUGUCAUUGACCGGAGCGAAACAGAAACAGCAGAUCUCAUUGGCCGCUGCCAGAGUGGAAAAACUGUCAUUGGAUGUAGCAGAGCAGAAUGUUGAGAUGAAAGAUCCAAUAACGGUUAAAGGACACAAACACAGGAAAAGCUCAGCUACUCAUAACAGCCAAUCACAGAGCAGGAGAGAGAAACAACACAGAACUGAGCGCAGAAUGAGAGAGGCUAAAACAUCAUUGUCUUCUCUCCCCUCAGAACCCUCAGUAACCUCUGACCUCACAGUGACCCCACUGAGCAAGAAGGCUUUAGGCUUUCUAGGUGAAACGUGUGUUACGGACACGUGUCCGUCAUUAGAAUGUUGCUCCACAUAUGAGCGCCGAUCGCCCGCUGGCUCCAGCCGCCCAGGCAGUGCCAAACCAGUUCACACAGGGACCCAUGGACCAUCAAACCACAUGGAGACCACAGCAACCCUUAAACCAGCGAUACACACCCGACCCAGGAACACAGGGUCCUACUCACUAUCUGAACCUUCUCCCACCAUUUCAACAGUCAGGUCAAAUCAUGCAGCAGAUGGCCCUCAUAGAUCACCAUCCAAAGGAAUCAAGCCAGCAGGACCUCAAUCUGCAGGGACCCAGCGAUCCAACAUCCCCAGAUCAGAAAGAGUUUCUGGUACACGACAAAAGGAACGACUUUCAGAGAGAGAGGGAGAGAAACGGACGGAGAGAGAAAAGGAGAAAAGAACGAGGUCAGAGGGAGAGAGAGAGAAUGAGAAAUGUUCAGGGGUGGAGAGAGAAAAAGCAAAAAGAAAACAAGUGGACAAAGAGAAGAGGAGAGAGAGUGUGCACAGUAAACAUCACGCAGCCAGUGUGAUUCAGAGAGCAUGGAGGAGGUCUUGUAUUCGGGGUCGUGUUCAUAAAUUACUGUGCAAGACAGUGAAAGGGGCGUCGCCAACUGAAGUCACCGCCCUGCUUAUUCAGUUGUUAUGGGAGUGGCCGACCUAUAAUGACCACACCCACCUUUCAACAACUUGUGAGGUUCAGGCUCCUCCCAUCAGGAACACAGGAAAAAAGAGCUCAGUGCUUCAAAAUAUUUACGGUGGAGCCUCAGCGAAAAGGGGGCAGUCGUUACGGGCCACUGCGCUCAGGACACAGAGCCAAAGCCAACUACUGCUGGAUCUGUCACUCAAAACAAACAAACAGUUGAAUGCCGUCGAGUGUGUGAACCUGGCAGACUCUUUGAGUCAGGCGAAGCAAUACUCCUAUCAUCUGCGUCCAUCUAGUGUGGGCAGUCAAAGCGGGCAGAGCAAAACCAAGAACUGAGACUUGACCCAAAACACAUGCACUCGUGCCAAAAUAUUUUCAUUAAAAAAUGUUUGGAUUCCUGCAGGGAAUAACUCUAUCCCUGACUGAUCUAACAGACUCGAGGGUGAUAUGUCAAUGCACUUAAAACUCAUUUGAAAGAACAUGAGGAGGGAGAUCUUUAUGAUGUGUGGGAGAUAUGUUGAGUGAAUGAGUGGGUGGAGAUCAAGAGAAUGAAAGUGAGAGCCCUCGUGUGCUCCGCAUCAUCUGGGUUCACGUCUGAAUCUGCAGUGUCACCCAGGGUUUAGAGGUUAAGACCACAAACACAACAAAUGUGUUAGAUAACCUUUAAUUCUAUCAUCAGCAGGUCAUAUACCUGUCAUAAAGUUGAUGUACACCUCGCAUUACAAAACCACCUGCAUGGGCGAGUAAAGAGUGUUAAAUACACAAGUUAUAUUGACCUCUCUUCCAGAAAUAUUUUCAGUCGGUUUCUGCUAUAUAAUCAUUGCAUCGUAUUAUUCUACUGCAACACUAAAUUGGGUUAAAUUAUUUAUAGUUUUAUAAUCCAUUAUAAUAAUACUUUUUACAUCAUUUUGAUGUAUUAUUUAAAAUGUUAUGCUGGUAAAGAUACAUCAGUUUAUAUGUUGGGGGGGAAUUGCACAGUCUUGUAUGUCAAAAGGAGUGAUGGAAAAUAUCUGUUUUUGAAAGACAAACAAUGAAAGCCUAUCCUGCAAGAAAACUAAAAGGAUCAUUUCCAUAUUUUUAGAUGCUUUUAUAAAAACAAAAUUUGAUACAGUUGAUGUCUGCGUGCACUGUUGCAUUUUCUAAGCCAAAAGCAAUUUCACACCAUUUAUUAUUGUCUGUUGAUUCCAAGAGAAAAUCUUGCAGAACUUUGUAAAUAUUUAAUGGAACAGUUCAACCAAAAAUGAAAAUUCUUUAUUUAUUAAGUAAAUCUCAAGUUGUUCAAAAUUGUAUUCAUUUCUUAGUUCUGAUUAACAGAGAAAGAUGUUUGUAACUAAA